AUUACCGGAAGUUGUGAAAGUCUCCCUUAUAAAACAUGUGUAAACCCUGUUCCGGCCUUUUUCUAGAGACGGCCAAAAGAAGCAAAUAUGCCUCUCGCUAAAGAUUUACUGCAUCCCUCUUUGGAGGAGGAAAAGAGAACAUGCAAAUUAAAGAGAUUGGUACAGAGUCCAAACAGCUACUUCAUGGAUGUUAAAUGUCCAGGUUGUUACAAGAUCACCACAGUAUUCAGUCAUGCUCAGACGGUGGUUUUAUGUGUGGGAUGUUCCACAGUACUGUGUCAACCCACAGGAGGAAAGGCCCGACUCACAGAGGGCUGCUCCUUCCGUAAGAAGUCACACUAGAUUGACAUUAUUUAUAUUGGCUGUGUGAGAAUGAGAGGCUGAGGAGGAGGGGUUGGCACGGUAACUGCCGUCAGAAUUUGGACUUUGUGAUACUCUCUAUUCCCUGGACAGCAUGGACUGUGUGCAUAAUUUAUUUCUCAUCAACAAACCUGGGUGGUACAUCAUAUGAUUUAUCUGACAGGAUUCUUAGUAAACACCCAGGAUAUACUCUACUACUGUACUUGUACACUCUUUUUUGUGAUAGUUGCUAUGUUAGAGUGCUAAUUGUUGCUAUCUUUUUUUUUUUAACAAAACCACUUUGAUAAAUAAUAAAUUUUAGGGUAUCACAAACUCCA